AAAUACAGAGAGAAGAUCGUGAAGUAAACUAAGCCAAUCCAGUGACUUAUUCACCCAACACAAUAAGCCUUUCAUGGCAUCAUCACGAAUCAUAUCCCAUUCUCCACCAAAUCUCCACUGUCAAUCUUCCCCCUUUGACUCCGUUAACCCCCUUCCAUCCAUCAAUCUCAAUUUCCCCUCAAAACGACAUCGUAAUCUCCGCAUUCGCGCUUCCAUUCGCGGCCACAGGGAUAACGACAUCAACGACACGUUGCAGUCCGUUGAAUUGCGAACAAGCUCUGCCUCCGCACUCCCAAACGACGUCGUUUCCAAAGAUCCACUCUCUCUUCCAAGGCCUUUAUCUUCGAAUCAGUUAUCUAGUGCUGUUUCCGAUGGUUCGCGCCUUCGUGUUGCAUAUCAGGGGGUUCGUGGUGCUUACAGUGAAUCUGCGGCACAAAAGGCCUAUCCAAAUUGUGAAGCUGUGCCUUGUGAACAAUUUGACACUGCUUUUGAAGCUGUUGAAAGGUGGCUUGUAGACAGAGCAGUUUUGCCAAUUGAGAAUUCUUUGGGAGGGAGCAUCCACAGAAAUUAUGACCUUUUACUCAGGCACAGGUUACAUAUAGUAGGAGAAGUAAAAUAUGCAGUCCAUCAUUGUUUGAUGGCCAAUCAUGGUGUUAAACUUGAGAAUUUGAAGCGUGUUCUUAGUCAUCCACAGGCUCUUGCACAAUGUGAGAACACCCUGGCAGGGUUGGGCUUGGUCAGAGAAGCAGUAGAUGAUACAGCGGGUGCUGCAAAACAUGUUGCCCUCCAUGAACUACAAGAUGCAGGAGCUGUUGCUAGCUCUGCUGCUGCAGAGAUCUAUGGCUUAAAUGUACUUGCUCGAGACAUUCAGGAUGAUAGUGAUAAUGUCACCCGAUUUUUAGUGUUGGCGCGAGAACCAAUACUUCCAGGCACAGACAGGCCAUUUAAGACAAGUAUAGUUUGUUCUUUAGAAGAGGGUCCUGGUAUACUUUUCAAGGCCCUUGCUGUUUUUGCCCUGCGUCAAAUUAAUCUUUCAAAGAUUGAAAGCCGGCCUCUGCGGAAUCAACCUCUAAGAACAUCUGAUGAUAACAACAAGUACUUUGAUUAUCUUUUCUAUAUUGAUUUUGAAGCAUCAAUGGCUGAUCAGAAUGCACAAAAUGCCUUAAGGCAUCUAAAGGAGUUUGCUACAUUCCUGCGAGUGCUGGGGAGUUAUCCUAUGGACACUAGCCACACUAGUAUGGCGUAAAUAAUCUCCAGAAGAGGACUUGCAUAUAUAGUUACUGUUGCGUAUGGUAUAGUUCUUCCAACCGUUGAAUCACGUUAAUGGAAAUGCCGAGUUUAUGUUGAUUCGAUAAAUAUUAGCAGAUAACAGUAUCAGAUGUACAAGUUCCUUAAAAUUUUGAUGGGUAGUAUUCAACACUGAAUCCGCAUGUUUGUUCAAAUAUUUUCUCCUGGUUGUCCUCCCUAUCAUUUCUCUUGGAUGUUUUAAAAUGUCAAUGGCUAAAUACAAGUGAUACUUCUAUAGGGACUCAUGUAUUUAUGUCUUUUUGAAAACAGUGGAAGCUUAUUUUUGUAUUCAAGAUGAGCCUGCA